AUGCCGCAGAGCAGCAGAAGUCGACUGCACGGUGCUUUGCGAAACUGUCGUUACGUUCACGCUGUGCAAACAACGACCACGGUUUGCGCGCAAUCACCUCCAUUACGCAUCCCAUCAUUGCAGUCGCCAAUCCACCGUCUGCCCCUCAAAGCUCUUACCACGAUGCUGUCCAAGGCUCUCCUUCGUCCCUCGCUGCAUCGACCCACCGCCUCCGUCAUGAAGUACCACAUCGGAGUACGUGAGACGCAGCUGGGCGCCGACGCGUUGGCCAAACAAAAGCAACAGCUGCGUACGCAAGGCGCCUCCGCUGUGAGCCUCGACACGCCAGUAUUCCAGAUCUUUGGCAGCAAUACAGACAUCGGCAAGACCAUUGUGUCCGCCGGUAUCUGUCGCAGUGCUGCCACCAUCGCAGCAAGCAAUGGGGGGCGCGUCGAGUACAUUAAACCUCUUCAAACCGGCACAGACGAUGACAUUCCUGGCUCCUUCCCCGGUGACGCGUCCUUCAUCGAGAAGCACGCGCUGCUUAAGAACCAGAGACAGGGCGAUCUUCAGUGCUCCACGUUGUUCUCAUGGAAGAACCCCGUAUCCCCACAUCUCGCCGCGCAGAUGGAGGGGUACACCAUCACGGACGAGAAGCUACUGGAGUUGUUGUCUGACAAGCUAAAGGCAAUUAACCAGGUCAAUGGAGCUAACGCAGCUGACAGUCUCGUGCUCGUAGAGACAGCAGGAGGCGUAUGCAGCCCCUCGGCCUCAAUGAGGUUCCAGGUGGACGUGUAUCGAGGCAUGAGACUGCCUGUAGUGCUCGUAGGAGAUGGCAAACUUGGCGGUAUCUCCACGACCAUGUCAGCACUAGAAACGCUUCUGAUUCGCGGAUAUGACGUCGCUGCCAUCUGCUUAAUCGAGCAAGACGGUCUGGACAACAAGGCGGCACUUGAGCCACGCACAAGCGAGCUCGGUAUCCCAAUCUUCACCAUGAACGCUGUGCCGCCUUUGCCCGAGCCCCUGGACCAGUGGUUCGAUGAACACGACACCGUGUUUGCUGACGUCAACAAAGCACUUAACUCGUUCCAUAAGAAUCGAUUAGAGAGCUUCAAACGCAUGGAAGAGCGUGCCGAGCAAGUGUUCUGGUGGCCCUUCACGCAACAUAAGAAAGCUGGCGGGUUGUCUAUGAUCGACUCGGCUCAUGGUGACGAGUUCAGUGUCUACCGCCCGGAUAGCAACACAGUGGAGCCUCUAUUUGACGCCUGCGCGAGUUGGUGGACACAAGGUGUCGGACAUGGCAAUGCGAAGAUGGCGACGGCCUUGGCGUACGCUGCAGGUCGCUACGGCCACGUCAUGUUCCCGGAGAACGCCCACGAGCCUGCUCUUCAGCUGAGCGAGAAGCUUCUUGCAUCAGUGGGUAAAGGCUGGGCCUCUCGCGUGUACUACUCGGACGACGGCUCCACAGCCGUCGAGGUGGCUCUGAAGAUGGCGUUCCGGAAGUACGUACUGGACCAUAAGCUCGAGUACAGUGGGUUUAUGUCGGAUGAAGCCAAGAUGGUCACUCUAGCUCAAGCCAAUUGCUACCAUGGCGACACGUUGGGAGUCAUGAACGUGGCAGAGAAGAGCGUGUUCAACGAGAAACAGCAUCCGUGGUAUCGUCCGAAAGGAGUCUUCCUUAAGGUCCCGACGAUGGCUCUACGUGACGGCGAGUACGUGGUUUCUAUCGACCCGGAGAUAGUCGGUAACGCUAGCACCGAGGAGAAGCUGUCGUCUUUGAACGCUGCGUUCGAUGUCUCUCGAGACCAGAGCUCGCUGGCGCGUGUAUACCGUAAACAUGUAGCCAAGAUGAUUGACGAGACCGAAGCGAAGAAUGUGCGCGUCGGCUCUGCACUCAUUGAGCCUGUGCUGAUGGGCUCUGGCGGCAUGUUCCUGGUGGAUCCACUGUACCAACGUAUGCUGGUACAGGAGUGUCGUGCUCGUAAGAUUCCCGUGAUUUACGACGAAGUAUUUUCGGGUUGGUGGCGUCUAGGAGUCGAGUCUGCACGCGACUUACUCGGUGUCGAUCCGGAUAUUGCGUGCUAUGCGAAACUACUGACUGGUGGCGUGGUGCCGAUGGCUGCGACGCUGGCUUCGGAGGAGGUUUUCAACACGUUCUACGCCGAUUCAAAGGGUGAAGCGCUGCUUCAUGGUCACUCCUUCACCGCGUAUCCCAUGGGCUGUGCGGCUGCCGUGACAGCGUUGGAUAUGUACGAGAUCUUCAACAAUGCCAGUGGUUCUACCAAGGACGCCACGCGCGCUUACUGGGACGUGGACGCCCUUACGGAGCUGUCGAGUCGUCCGUAUAUUGAACGCACGUUCGCUAUCGGCACAGUGGCGUGUGUGGAGCUAGCGUCCGAGGACGCUGGAUACGCAUCCACUGAAGCUGCCGAGCUUAUCCAGGUGCUGCGUAUGAAUGGCGUGUACGCUCGCUCGCUCGGCAAUGUGCUGUACAUGAUGUGCUCUCCUCUUACGACCCAGGAAGACUGCAACAAGUACCUUACGACUUUGAUUGACCAGAUUGAGAUCCUGCAGGCCAACAAGUAA